CUCUUUAUAUGUGGCACUUGGCCCGUGUACUGUUUCUCCUUUUUUUGUUUUCAAUGAAAUCGACAUUGGAAUAAAGGAUAAAGCCUUUUCCUGUAGCCAGUGUGACAGGUAUGAUUGUGCUAUCACCUUCACCUGACCCCUUGACCUCCCAAGUCUCCACCCCUGUCUCUUCCUUUCCUCCCAGUUCUACCUUAUCUUUGCCCACUUCAUAACCUGUACCCACUUCUCUCCUCCUUCCCCCCACCCCACUGACUCUUGCCCAUUGCGGCACAGCUGACAGGGAGGGCCAGGAGUUGAUUAGGUGGAGGCUCUGGGGGGUGAGGAUGAGCUGGCUGCUAAACACCUACUAACUUUUUUUUUCAUAGCACCCAUGGCGUUUUGGUGCCUGUAACGAUCAAGAAAGGAGGAAGUGAGGAGAGCCGGAGGCAGGAUUAAAAGCUGUCUUUUUUAACCAUAUUUUAUCUUUAACUGAUGGUUAGACAUCAAGCUGAGAUUUUAGUUUGGACAGGAGACAGAUCUAAAAUAGAGACCUGCUUCUGGAUGACAAUGCAUAUCUUAAUUGAUGAUGUCGGAAGCUAAAUCUGCAGUUCCCCAUUCAUUCCAGCUUCUUAGCAACAAACAAUGCAAAGACUACAUUUCAGGAUCACACAAAUAUUAUUCUUAAAACUUUCUAGAUGAUUGUAGUUGCUUUGGUUGUGUUUUAUGCUAGCAGAAGCCUUUUCCAAGGUUUACUGCUGACUCUAGAGCGGCACAUCCCCUGCAUACUGGGAACUUUGGGGGCUAGCAACAUGGGCAACUCCUGUGUUUGUCGAGAUGAUAGUGGCGUGGAAGACAAUGUAGAAACCCAGAAUCAGCAAACACAGAAUAGUAGAAUACCAGUACCUGAAGCAAGAAGCCAUCCAAGGGACCCCGUAAGGCCGCCCAGGAGGGGACGAGGGCCACAUGAACCAAGAAGGAAAAAACAGAAUGUCGAUGGACUAGUGCUUGACACGCUGGCAGUUAUACGAACUCUGGUAGAUAAUGACCAGGAACCUCCUUAUUCAAUGAUAACAUUACAUGAAAUGGCAGAAACAGAUGAAGGCUGGCUGGAAGUUGUCCAAUCUUUAAUUAGAGUUAUUCCAUUAGAAGAUCCAUUGGGACCAGCUGUGAUAACAUUACUACUGGAUGAGUGUCCAUUGCCAACAAAAGAUGCAUUGCAGAAAUUAACUGAAAUAUUAAAUUUAAAUGGAGCUGUUGCCUGCCAGGAUUCCUGUCACCCUGCCAAACAUCGUAACACAACUGCAGUACUGGGCUGUUUGGCUGAAAAACUAGCAGGUCCUGCAAGUAUAUGCUUACUCAACCCAGGAAUAUUGGAAUAUUUACUGCAGAGCUUGAAUUUCCAGUCCCAUCCGACGGUAAUGCUUUUUGCACUAAUAGCACUGGAAAAGUUUGCACAAACAAGUGAAAAUAAAAUGACAGUUUCUGAAUCCUGUAUUAGUGACCAGCUAGUUUUGUUGGAGAAAUGGACAGAUAAUCCAGACUAUUUAAAACGCCAAGUUGGAUUCUGUGCCCAGUGGAGUUUAGACAAUCUAUUUUUGAAAGAAGGCAGACAGUUUACAUAUGAGAAAGUUGACUUGACCAAUAUUAAGGCCAUGCUGAAUAGUAAUGAUGUCAGUGAAUACCUUAAGAUCUCACCACGUGGACUGGAGGCUCGGUGUGAUGCCUCCUCUUUUGAAAGUGUUCGGUGUACGUUCUGUGUUGAUUCUGGAGUUUGGUACUAUGAAGUCACAGUAAUUACUUCAGGAGUGAUGCAGAUAGGAUGGGCCACCAAAGACAGCAAAUUUCUCAAUCAUGUGAGUGCAUGUGAGGUGACACAGCUGAUACUCUAAGUCUUAGGGGGGAGGGUGGUGGUUGUUUUGUUUAGUGCAUAUACAAAUGGCUUUUUACAUCCUAUUGAAAUAAUUGUCCAUACUUGUAUAUGUACUGCCUCUUUCUCUUAGGUUCCCGCUUUUUCCUCCCCCCCUCCCCGUACAUUUACACUGGUACACUGAGUGAAUUUAGUAUUCAUGAACGGUGUUGAAGUGACAUUUGCCUCCAAAACUAUCUUCUCUCCCAUGCCUUAAUCCUCAUUUGGAGCAGUAGGAAGGUAAUUCAACUUUUAUGACCCAUUCCACUCUUGGUCUCUGCUCCACCUGCAAAUAAGGAUGUCAGUUACUGCCAGCUGCGUUUUUGUGAAGUGAGCUUGCAAAGAGCUGAUACUCUAUCAUUCACUUAUUUGACAGAGGCCGUUAAAAAGCCAUCAGGUGUUUUUUACUUUUUUCUCUAUUUCCACAAAUGUGAUGAUUGGACUAUAAGGGCCUCUACUCUACAUGAAACUGGGUUACUCUACCCUCAGGGUAGUUGAAUACAG